AUGAAAACGUCGCAACGUCGAUCCCAGCGUGCAUCUGCCGCAUGUGACUUCUGCAGAAGGCGAAAGUUAGGCUGCGAUAACGCGAAGCCAAAGUGUGAAAACUGCCAGGGUCGGGCUAUUGAGUGUACGUAUUCUCAAAGAACAGCUCAAGCCAGACCGUCUAAUGCGCGCAUACAUAAACUGGAGGAGGAAAAUGCCCGUUUACGCGAACAGCUGUGUUUAAGGAGUCCGGAGCAGAGCGUCCACUCUGAUACCCAGCAAGGAGAAAUUCACUUAGCUGAUAGACCAACUCCCAUUGAACUUGUGCCUACGCAAGACGGCAUCAAUGGUCAGGCUCAUCAAGCAAAGGCUGAACCUGUCUCUCUUUCUUGCCAUUUAACGACCGGGCAACCCGAGGGUGCUGCUUUCCACGGCCCUUCCAGUGGUGCAAUCGAUGUAGGAACAGCCGAAGACUCGACUCGUGGUACAGUCAGCUCCGACGAUAUUGCCAAGAAGAAUCAACUUCUGGCAGAGACAACUAGGCAACGUCAACUUGAAAAGGUUAACAUGAGGGCGGGAAAGCUUAAGUUUGGUGACGUCGACCCAAAAGUCGGCAUGGAUAUUCUCUCCAAAUUUUGGAACCGCCAGCAUUACAUGGGUUCUAUCGUCUAUCGACCAACCUUCAUGCGCGAUAUGGCAUGCAGUGGUCCUUACUACUCCGAUCUCCUCCUCAGAGCGAUGCUCUUUGCUGGUUCGAUGAAUACAGUUGAUGCAGCUGCCCUUCGAAAUACUGGCAAACUAAACUCCAUCGGACGUCCGUAUCGUAACAAGUUUGAACAGGCUCUGCAUGCUUGCGGCUCGCAGGUCUUGUUCAAGAGUGAGAUAACUACCAUACAGGCACUAUUGGUAGUUGCAGAUGCUCUGUUUUCUUGGUGCAAUGAGAGGAGUCUUUCGUGGCAUUAUUUGGGUAUUGCGAUCAGUAUGAUAAUCGAUCUUGGACUGCACAUCGAUGGCCCAGCUCGGAGAUCUUCGAAGAAAGCAUCUGCUGAAGAUACGGAGAUUGAGCGUCGUGUCUUCUGGGCAACCUUCAUCUCGGAUAAAGUCCAGUCCAUCUACCAAGGUCGACCUACUCGAUUACGAGAGCAUGAUAAUCGCGUACCAAUCGUAUUUCUUGACGAAUAUGACGAACUGGAGGAUUUUCACACUCGGACAUAUUCUGCUCAACCAGCUCAGUUGGACUGUCCGACAUAUAGUGUCUCUACGUUUGAGCAAUUGUGCAAGCUCAGUCUCAUCAUGGACAGGAUUCUUUGUGCUCUUUAUGCAGAAAAGAACGACGCAAAGAGUGCCGAUGAAUUAUGGCAGAUUGCGCAAUCACUACAACACGAUCUUCAAUCUUGGAAGGAUGGAUUGCCGGAUCAUUUGAGAGUUGAUCUCAACGAUGCUGCCUCUUCUAACAUUCUUCCACAUAAUCUUUCGCUGAUGGCAUUAUGUAACUCACUGAUCAUUCUGAUCUACCGCCCAUUUCUUUCCGAAGGACAUUUAACAUCUGUCUCUACAACAAUCGCACCCGAGGCCUUCUUUAACUGUGUGACAGCAGCAAUAGAGAUUCAUCAGAUCCUACAACUCUACAAACAACACUUUUGCUUCAGGACAGCGCCCUACUUUAUCUCGUAUGCCACAUACGUUAGUGCAACGAUUCACGUGCGUAUGGCUGCGCAGAAAGGCCAGGGCUCUCAGGCGCAUGUAUGUCUCAAAAACUGCCUGGAGAUUUUGUCUGAACAGCAGACGUGGUGUCACGCCCCGAAACGGACGAUGAAGAUUCUUCUGGGUAUUAUGAACCGUUUGGGAGUAAACGUUGGGGAGUUUGUGGCGAUAGAACCAACAAGCUGCCAAGAUGGUCACCUGGGGGAGGUUGGCAUGCCUGAAGUAGCUGAGGUCGUCCCUGACAUCACCUACCAAGUCCCUGGCAUGUCAAUGAUGCAGCAGCUAACGCCUGACACGGCGGUCGACUUCUCCGAUAUGGAGCUUUCCGACUUUGAUAUCGACCAGGUAAUACAGAGCUUUGUAUUCGAGGCUCCUGCUUUGACAGAGAGCGACUUUGUACCGCUUUUGCACGGGGUGCCUCAACCUGACUUCAAUGAUUACGGUGCGGGCAAUGAGGCACUCAUGGGUCAGGAUAUGAUGGUCUUUGACAACUUGUUCGGGUUUGAUUCCAGUACUUACUAG